UAGAAAUCGUUACAGUUCGUCAAUUCAUUCAAAAUAUGAAAUUCACCGAGAGAUUUAAGAGAAAUGUGGAGAACGAGACCAUCGAAUCAAUUCUCUCUGCAGAGUCAGAUGACUCUGACAACGAGAGCUCCACUGAUGGUGAGUUGGUAGUUGGGCUGAUAGACCUUUCCGGAACAUCUUCGUCUGAAGUGAAUAGUGAGACAGGUGAUACAACUACUUGGGAUUCAGUUUUCAAUGAAAUACUUGUUCCACAAUCAUCUGGAAGUGGUGGUGGGACAGCGGCUUCGGACACAUCUGAGUCACCAAUGGAGCCUGACUCAACAAUUGAUAUGGAAGAAGUGCACGAUCCAAUGGUCAUUCCGGAGGAUCCACAGAAUACCGCUGAGGUGGCUAUCACGAUCCCCGAGUCACCUGAGAGCCUUGAGUCAGUAGAGGGAGGUUUGGAUGUACCUCCCGAGGUAGCAGAGCAGGAUGAUUCAGCUGUUCCUAUGAUUCACGAUCCAAUAGAGGAGAGUCCAAUCAUGUCUGGUGUUUCAGACUCUCCAGAGAGCCCAGAGCCAGCUGAGAGAGGACCAACUCUGCCUAUUAUUCCAGACUCACCGGAGAGCCCGGAGCCAGCAGAGAAAGGCCCAGCAGUGCCUACUAUCCCGGACUCGUCAGAGAGUCCAGAGCCAGCAGAGAAGGGUUCACUUGAUAUCUCAAACCCUCCAGAGGUUGACACGCUGGAGAAAAACUCACCCAUCAUUCCAGAGAGCUCUGAGUCAGUGGAAAAAGACUCACCUGUCAUCCCAGAGAUACUCGAGAACUCAGAAUCUGGAGAAACAUCAGAGACUCUUGCACCGGGAGUGGAACCAGUUGUGAUUCCAGAGGAUCCUGGGACUGCACAACCAGGCUCAGCUCCAAAGUGCACUACAGGAUCGGAUGAUGACUCAGACGAUGAUGAUGAACUGGUGAAAAUUUUCGUGCCUAAAGAAUGGGGUGAGGAGCUGUCUGAGAAGGCAUUGAAGAAAAAGCUGAGAGGAGUUAUCAACAGACAUUUCAAAGUUGGUGGCACUUUCGUCACGAUUGGUGAUGUACGAGCUAAAUUAUGGUUUUGUCCUCACGGCCACGUCUACUUUCGUCCAAUGAGCCAUUUCAAGUUUCCUGAGAGAUUGCCUGCCAACAUCGAAAUUCGUCACAAGUUGUAAACGAUUCUGACAUUCCAAGAGGGGAAAAAAAAACUGCUUUUGCUGUAUGACGA